UGAACUAGCAACCUGGCCUUGGUCCUUCAAUGUCAAUGUUUAUUACCUUGUAAACCCCAACCACCUGAUAAACCCCAACCACCUUAUAAACCCCAACCACCUUAGGUCAUGGAUGUCAGAUAAAAAGCAGGUGCUCAACAGGUAUCAAAUGAAUAAAUAAAUGAAUGAAUGAAUGAAUGAAAUGGAAGGCCUCUGGAUAGAGUAGAUUUUGCCAGCUUAAGUGGGUCAUACAGUCAUGUGAGGGGGUAGCCAAUAGUGGGGCCUUUCAGUCAGCUCGUGUUGGAGAGGGAUAUCUUGCUACCAGAAUCCUGAAGUGUGCAGAGUAAGGGGUCUGGCUCCUGGGGUUCAGGGCCGGGUCACGGAGUUGGUGUUCUGGGCACCUCCUUCCUCCUGAAGAGGCACUGGGCAGGCAGGGUUGACAGGUUGGGUUGCAUAGCCGACCUGACACUCAUCUCCAGCAUAAAACCUCACUUCAUGGAGCCUGCACCUCCGUAGCACUAGGGAGAGCUCCUGCCACCGCUGACCAGGGCUCUACCAACCACCGAGCCAGAGAACAUGAGGCAGCCCCACAUCCCUGCCCUGCUGCUGCUGCUGCUGCUGAGAUCUGGUGAAGAGCGCUUCCAUGUUCUCCCAGCCUGCGGGCACCCAAGGAUGUUCAACCGGAUGGUUGGUGGGGAGGACGCCUUGGAAGGCGAGUGGCCCUGGCAGGUCAGCAUCCAGCGCAAUGGGACCCAUUUCUGUGGGGGCAGUCUCAUCGCACCAGCAUGGGUCCUCACCGCUGCACACUGCUUCUCCAACACUUCAGACAUAUCCAUAUACCAAGUCCUGCUGGGGGCACUGCAGCUGCAGCAGCCAGGGCCACACGCCCUGUAUGUCCGUGUGAAGCGGGUGGAAAGCAACCCCCAAUACCAAGGCAUGGCCUCCAGUGCUGACGUGGCUCUGGUGGAGCUGCAGGUGCCUGUGACUUUCACCAAAUACAUCCUUCCCGUGUGUCUGCCGGAUCCCUCCAUCGUCUUUGAGCCGGGCAUGAAGUGCUGGGUCACUGGCUGGGGCAGCCCCAGUGAACAAGACCGACUGCCCAACCCACGGAUCCUGCAGAAACUUGGUGUGCCCAUCAUUGACACGCCCAGGUGCAACCUGCUGUAUAGCAGAGAUGCGGAGUCUGACUUCCAGCUCAAAACCAUCAAGGAUGACAUGCUGUGUGCCGGCUUUGCAGAGGGCAAGAAGGACGCCUGUAAGGGUGACUCUGGAGGCCCCUUGGUGUGCCUUGUGGACCAGUCAUGGGUGCAGGCUGGGGUGAUCAGCUGGGGAGAAGGCUGUGCUCGCCGGAACCGCCCAGGUGUCUACAUCCGUGUCACUUCCCAUCACAAAUGGAUCCACCAAAUCAUUCCAGAACUGAAGUUUCAGGGCAGGGCCAGCAGCCAGCAGCAGCGAAGAGACCCUCGAGGUUGGCAGCACUUGGGGAACUCUGCCCCCUGCCUGGCUGCCCACGCAGUCAUGCUGACCCUGGUAGUUAUGCUCAGCAUCCUCUGAGCUGCCCAGGACUGGCAGGUGGUGCCCUCCCCACUGGACAUUUGUAAAUAGCCCCACCCCCAUCUGUUAGCUACUUUUAUUUAUGCUCACUUCCAGAAAAAAAAGUGUCACGGCCCAUCCGGGGAACCCUGCACGGCACUAGGGGCUGACAAGUUCUGAACUGGGAAGAUUUAGAGGAGACCCUGGCAGGCACACCCAGGCUACAACGUUCCUCACCCAGUUUCCCUGUUUCCACCCCAUGACUGCUCACCACCUUGAAUACCAAUGCUUUUCCCGUUCCUGCACUGUGGACAGUUGACAGACACUGGUGGGAAGCAGGUCACAAGAUGCCAAGUGCUUCAGUAGGAACCAUGUGGAUGAGUGGAGGGACAUAAUGGGCACACAGCCUCCUUCCCCCAUCCCACUUCUCUAUCACCAUCACACAAAUCUAAGGGCCACCUAGGACCUGUGCAUUCUCGUAACACCCAAGAGUCCCUUUCAGGGGCAACCUUUACUUCAUGUUCUUCCUUGAUCUCUGAGACUCCUCUUCUACUGGUCCAUCCCUUAACCUUAAACUUUCCACUCUAGUAACGAAGUAGGGAGUGGAAGGGACCAGGCACACCAACCAGCUUUCCUCACACCCAGCUACACGUGUGUAUUCAUAUGCAUAUCCAUCCACGUGCUCACACGGGCAAGCCUGUCUUGCCUCAGGUGGAGCAGGCACUGUAACGGACUGAAUGGGUAACCCUCAGGUGUACCUUUUGUCCCAACACUCGGGAGGCAGAGGUAUGGAGAGGUCUAUGAAUUUGAGGCCAGCCAAGGCUACAUUGUGAGAUCCUGUCUCAGAGAAGAAAAUAAAAUAAAACACAGAAUGGAUCACUUAGCACUUGCUAUAUACCAAACAAACAUGAGGAAUCCUCUAGGGCUCUACUCCCCACUGGCCACUGGCUCUGAUGAUGGGUUGUUUGCUGAGUUCCUUCUCUAGACCACGUUUGAGUGUCUGGUCUGAGAAGGGUUGGUUACUCUUCUACUCUAGAGAGUCCAGACAAGGGUGCAGGGCAGAUUGUGGGGAUGCUGAGGACACCCCAAGAGCAAGCUCUGGGCCAUCAUGGUUGGGAAGUACUGGCCUAAGGCUCACAGGCAUGGAGACUAACCCCAGCAUGACUGUGAUCUACCUUAGGAAGCAUGGGUCUGCCCAAAGGUGCUGCUGGGUGAUGCUGUUCCCACCCAUGGAUUCAGACAGCUGCCACCUGGGCCCAUGAGCACCAGCCAACCAGAGGUGUGGUCCUGACCCAAGUGGCACUUUGGCACAAGCCCAGGCAUGUACUAGACCCAGGAGAGUCUAGCAGCUGUGGAUCCACUCCAGGAUGUCUCCUACUCUGCCUCUCCUGUCCCAACUGCUGGUUUCCCGGAAUCAGAACUGCCCAAGCCAUGAUCCAGGCCCCUCCAGGCCCCUCGUGACACCCUAACAGCUGGCAGGCUGUCUGAGGCUGAGACUAGAUGCCCUGCCUUUCCAAUCUUCUGCGCAGACGUGCCUUGUUCUAGGCUAUGAGGCAGGUCAGCAUUAGAGACCUCUCAGAGCACCAGUGUUCCCGGGCUACCCGAGCAAUGUACAGGAGCCCCAUAUCUCAACCAGAGCAACAGGACAGCCCGUCUGUGCCCUUGGGUCAGUGGGCUACCAACCUGACUGUGUUGCUUGCACAAUUAGGACACAGGAUACAUACGCAAGGGUGUGGCUGGCCAUCAGAGACGUCCCUGUUGACCGUGGGAAGCAAGCCCUCAGAGAACCGGAAAGAUAGGGGAGUUCAGUCAAUCACAUUCUGUUUUUGGGGCGUGCCGCCCUCAGGCUAAAGCCUGCCUAUAAACCUAGCAAGCGCACUCCG